AGCGUUCUGAACUACAUUUCUAUCUGCCGCACGUGUUUGAGACAAAGAAGGGUUCCAGCGAGUCACUGCUCUUUCCCGCAAAACUGCGAACGUGGCCCCUAGUGGUGACGCGGUUUAUAAGAAGCUGCGUUUACUCGGACGCCCUUAGCAAGUGCAUGAUCAUGGGCACCACAGCUGGCAGAACGCAAAAAAUUAUGGGGCCGCUUCUUACUGCCCUGGUCGCAUUCGCUCUUCAAGAGGUGGCACUCGGUCGAGUGAGCGUCAGCAUUAGGCAAAGGUCCAACCGGGAACAAUGGCCCAAUGUACUCGUACCUGGAGGUGGUGGAGCAUCUAUCAGCUCGAGUGGUUCUGGCUAUGGCGGCUUUUCUGGAGGAGCCUCAGGAUCCGCAAGCAGCUCUGGUCUGGGUGGCUCUCUUGGAGGAGAGUCGGGUACCUGGGGCGGUUCAAGUUAUGGCGGCGGUAGUGGAGCAUCGCUGGGUGCUUCGGGCGGCUCAGGCUUUGGUGGAUCUCUUGGGGGAACGGCGGGUUCUGCGAGUAUCUCAGGCCACGGUGCCUCUGCUGGAUUAGCGUCGAGUACCUGGGGUAGCUCAGGCUACGGUGGCUCUUCUGGAGCUGGAUUGGGUAGCUCAGGAGGCUCAAGCUUCGGUGGAUCUACUACUGGAGCUUUGGGAUCUUCGAGUGGCUUGAGUCAUGGCUCUGGUGCCCUUAGUGGCUUGGCUAUAGGACUUCCGUUUACGACUGGUGGUUCAGGCCACGGUUCCUCUGCUGGAGUAGGGUCGAGUACCUGGGGCAGCUCAGGUUAUGGCUCCGGUGGAUUCGGCGGUGCUGGCGGAAAUGGAGGAUCAGUGUCCGGCACCUGGACUGGUUCAGGCUAUGGCACCGGGGGCUCUUACGGCACUAGCACAUCAGGGUUGGGUGGUGCAGGCUACGGUGGAGCAGCCUUGGAAUCUACGAGUACCUCCGGCUACGGUGGCUCUUCCACAGGGGCCACAGGUUCUUCCAGCAGCACAGGCUAUGGCGCUGGUGGCAACGGUGGCGCGAGCACCACUGGCGGAUCAUCGUCGGGCACAUCGGGUGGUUCAGGCUACGGUGGAGGAGCCUCGGGAUCUACGAGUAGCUCCGGCUACGGUGGCGCUGCCGGAGAAGCCACAGGUUCUUCCAGCACCACAGGCUAUGGUGCUAGUGGCAACGGAAGUUCGAGCAUCACUGGUGGAUCAUGGGCGGGUACACCGGGUGGUUCAGGUUCCGGAUACGGUUCCAUCAGCAGCAGUUCGAGCACCAGCGGUAUCGGAAGACCCACGGGCACAACUGGCACUUCGAGCAACGGUGGAGGAGCCUCGGGAUCUUCAGGUAGCACCAGCUACGGUGGCUCUUCUGGAGGAGCCACAGGUUCUUCCAGCACCACCGGCUAUGGCGCUGGUGGCUCCGGUGGUACAAGCACCACUGGCGGAUCAUCGUCGGGCACAUCGGGUGGUUCAGGUUCCGGACACGGUUCCAGCAGCAGCAGUUCGAGCACCAGCGGUAGUGGAAGACUCACGGGCACAACAGGCAGUUCGAGCUACGGUGGAGAAGCCUCGGGAUCUUCAAGUAGCACUGGCUACAGUGCCUCUGCUGGAGGAGCCACAGGUUCUUCCAGCGCCACCGGUUAUGGCGGUGGUGGCUUUGGCAGUGCGACCUUCACUGGCGGAUCAGUGUCGGGCACAUCGGGUGGUUCAGGUUCCGGAUACGGUUCCAGCAGCGGCGGUUCGAGCACCAGCGGUAGUGGAAGACUCACGGGCACAACUGGCACUUCGAGCUACGGUGGAGAAGCCUCGGGAUCUUCGAGUAGCACUGGCUACGGUGGCUCUGCCGGAGAAGCCACAGGUUCUACCAGCGCCACCGGUUAUGGCGGUGGUGGCUUUGGCAGUGCGACCUUCACUGGCGGAUCAGUGUCGGGCACAUCGGGUGGUUCAGGUUCCGGAUACGGUUCCCUCAGCGGCGGUUCGAGCACCAGCGGUAUUGGAAGACUCACGGGCACAACUGGCACUUCGAGCUACGGUGGAGGAGCCUCGGGAUCUUCGGGUAGCACCGGCUACGGUGGCUCUUUUGGAGGAGCCACAGGUUCUUCCAGCACCAGCGGUUAUGGCGGUGGUGGCUUUGGCGGGGAGAGCAUCACAUCGGGCGGUUCAGGUUCCGGAUACGGUUCCAUCAGUGGCGGUUCGAGCACCAGCGGUAGUGGAAGACUCACGGGCACAACUGGCACUUCGAGCUACGGUGGAGGAGCCUCGGGAUCUUCGGGUAGCACCGGCUACGGUGGCUCUUUUGGAGGAGCCACAGGUUCUUCCAGCACCAGCGGUUAUGGCGGUGGUGGCUUUGGCGGGGAGAGCAUCACAUCGGGCGGUUCAGGUUCCGGAUACGGUUCCAUCAGUGGCGGUUCGAGCACCAGCGGUAGUGGAAGACUCACGGGCACAACUGGCACUUCGAGCUACGGUGGAGGAGCCUCGGGAUCUUCGGGUAGCACCGGCUACGGUGGCUCUUUUGGAGGAGCCACAGGUUCUUCCAGCACCAGCGGUUAUGGCGGUGGUGGCUUUGGCGGGGAGAGCAUCACAUCGGGCGGUUCAGGUUCCGGAUACGGUUCCAUCAGUGGCGGUUCGAGCACCAGCGGUAUUGGAAGACUCACGGGCACAACUGGCACUUCGAGCUACGGUGGAGGAGCCUCGGGAUCUUCGGGUAGCACCGGCUACGGUGGCUCUUUUGGAGGAGCCACAGGUUCUUCCAGCACCAGCGGUACCGGAUACGGUUCCAUCAGCGGCAGUUCGAGCAACAGCGGUAGUGGAAGACUCACGGGCACAACUGGCACUUCGAGCUACGGUGGAGGAGCCUCGGGGUCUUCGAGUAGCAUCGGCUACGGUGGCUCUUCUGGUGGAGACACAAGUUCUGCCAGCACCAGUUAUGGCACUGGUGGCUACAGCAGUGGGAGCAUUACUGGCGGAUCGGGUGGUUCAGGUUCCGGAUACGGUUCCAUCAGCGGCAGUUCGAGCACCGCCGGUGGUGGAAGACUCUCGGGCUUGAGUGGCACUUCGAGUGGGUCUUCGGGCCUCGUUAUCUCCGGCGGGCAUAGUGGACGUCUGCCUGGUGCCUCAGGUUCUGGCUAUGGUGCAGGAGCCUCGGGAUCUGCGAGUAGCUCCGGCUACGGUGGCUCGGCCGGAGGAGCCACAGGUUCUUCGAGUACCGCAGGUUAUGGCGCUGGUGGCCACAGUGGUGCGGGCGGCGCUGGCGGGUCACUGUCGGGUACAUUGGGUGGUUCAGGCUAUGGCUCCGGGGGCCUUGGCGUUGCUGGUGGCGCUGGUGGCGCUGGUGUAUCAGGGGCGGGAGCCUCAGGUGGUGCAAGUUUUGGCGGCAUUAACAUCGGAGGCAGUACAGGUGGUGAAGGAACAUGGGGAUCGAGUGGAUCAAUUGGUUUAGAAGGCGGUAACCUCGGAGGUGGAGCUGUAGCAGGGUUCGGAGGCAGUAGUGGAGGAGGAUAUUCAGGCGUCGGCGGCGGUUCGCAAGGUGGCUGGAACGUAUCACGACCGGCUGGGAAUGGGACUUUCGGGUCUCUAUUUAAACGCAAGUGCCGCAUUCCAGGCGAGAUAUUCUGGCGUAGCUCGAGCAACUGCGGCGAGUGCAGCUGCAGCGAAUACUUGGCGGGAAGGCGGCCCUCGGGGACACCCCGGGUGUGUCGGACCGACCUCGUAGCCAAGUGUUGGUGCAGGAGGUACACCUGCCGCGCAAGCAACGGCAGGUGCGUUCUCAGAAGGAACUGCAAGAAAAACCUGCAAGAAUAGUCGGCAGGAACUCCGCUCUUUGCCAUGACGCAAUAAAGAUUCGCUGAACAACUUGCA